CGUUCCACGUUUCGUUUUUGCGUGUUGUCAACUUUCCCACUUCUACCACCUGUGUAACGGUACGAGUUUAGCAGAUGUGACAGAAGCUCCCGGAGCUGCCGUUCAUGUCUCUCCGUUAAGCUUAUUUGUGAGUGUUUCAGCACUUUUCCGGUCCCGAACUGCAGGUUCACGCCAUGUCUGGACACGGCCACGGCGGCGGUCAUAGUCACGGCUGCUGUGAAUGCGAUCACGAGCCAGCAGAGCGAGGAGUGGAAUAUGAGCUGUACAGACGCAUUGACAUCGAGAAGCUUCAGUGUUUGAAUGAGAGCCGAGACGGAGACGGGAAACUGGUGUUCAAGCCUUGGGAUCAACGCACUGACCGGACGAAGUUUGUUGAAAGCGAUGCUGACGAGGAGCUUCUGUUCAAUAUACCGUUUACAGGCAGCGUGAAGCUGAAAGGCAUCAUUAUUUCUGGAGAAGAUGAUGAGUCACACCCAGCUGAAAUAAGACUGUACAAGAACAUCCCCCAAAUGUCAUUUGAUGAUACAAGCAGAGAGCCAGAGCAAGCGUUUCGUCUAAACAGGGAUCCGCUUGCUGAGCUUGAGUAUCCUACCAAGAUUGCAAGAUUCUCCAAUGUGCAGCACUUAUCAAUCCACAUAUCUAGAAACUUUGGGGCAGAAUCCACUCAUGUGUAUUACAUUGGUCUGCGGGGAGAGUACACAGAGGCUCAUAGGCAUGAGAUCACAAUCUGCAGCUAUGAAGCAGCAGCCAACCCAGCAGAUCACAAAGUGGAGACCAUUACGCCUCAGACACAGUUCAUAUCAUGACAAAUGGAGAAGAGAGAAUCUCACGUGUGCUGUGUGAAACUAUAAAAAGUGUGCACGAGUUUUGAUAAUGGUGAGAAGAUGAACUGAGAGAGCCUAAGCGUUCUUUGUGUUCAACUGGGUUUUCUUCAUAAGGGUUUGUUCAUCUGCAAUUCUGCUAAUGUGCCAAUAAACCUUAGGCUAUAUAAGCAUAAUUACUUCAUGUAUGCGUAUGUCAAAUAAACAGUGUAUCCUUCAACUAACAGAACAAAUGAGCCUUGCAAGAUGCCUGUUCCUUAAAAAAAACAUCUCUAGAGAGUGGAAAGUUUGUUGUUAUUCUCAAUUUUACAAUGUCUUAUUCAUCCAUUUAAUAUUAUUUUGCAUUAAUACCUUGGGUCAACAGUGACAUUCAAACCAUUUAAGAAAAUGUUUUAAUUGAGACCUCGAAGAGUCUAAAAUUGAUGGAUUUGGGUAGUUUGUGUAAAAAGAAAGUUUUAAAGAACAUUUCCUGGUUAAUUGCAGUUGCUUUUGCCAUUUCACAUCACUUUAUUUUUAUAACAACUUCUGUUAUUUUGCUGCUAUUUAAAUAGUGGUGCACAUCUUAGAGCUAUAAUUUCAGUUCAUGUGUUUUUCACAAAUACAUGUCUAUUGUAAAAGGAGAAUUAAAGAUGGAACCGUUUUGGGAAUCCUUCAUAACAAACCCAUUUUUCUUCAAUUUAGCAUAUUUUUUGCUGUAAUCCAACAAACCACUGGUAAAUUAAGAAAAUCAUUAAUGAUAUUUUGUUCAUAAAUUAUAAUUAAGGUUUUUUUUUUAUUAUUAUUAAAAGGUGUGUUGUAACUAGUCCCAGGUGUUAAAAGUAGUGCUGUAGUGGUGUGUGAUGGGCUGAAUAAUAAUGAUAAUAAAAAAUAAAUAAGUGUG